GUUGUGCUGCUCGCUCAGACAGCUCUGCUAGCUGCAUCCUCCUAACUCUCCAGGUCUCUCUCUCCUCUCCCAACUCCCAAGUCCCAUCCGGAUCGAGACGCUGGAGGCGGAGCGCCCCCCCGGGACGGCGGCGGCGACGAUGGGGCGCGGCAAGAUCGAGAUCAAGCGGAUCGAGAACGCCACCAACCGCCAGGUGACCUACUCCAAGCGCCGGACGGGGAUCAUGAAGAAGGCGCGCGAGCUCACCGUGCUCUGCGACGCCCAGGUCGCCAUCAUCAUGUUCUCCUCCACCGGCAAGUACCACGAGUUCUGCAGCCCCGGAACCGACAUCAAGACCAUCUUUGACCGGUACCAGCAGGCCAUCGGGACCAGCCUAUGGAUCGAGCAGUAUGAGAAUAUGCAGCGCACGCUGAGCCAUCUCAAGGACAUCAAUCGUGGUCUGCGCACAGAGAUUAGGCAAAGGAUGGGCGAGGAUCUGGACAGUCUGGACUUCGACGAGCUGCGCGGCCUCGAGCAAAACGUCGACGCGGCUCUCAAGGAGGUUCGCCAUAGGAAGUACCAUGUGAUCAGCACGCAGACUGAUACCUACAAGAAAAAGGUGAAGCACUCGCACGAGGCGUACAAGAACCUGCAGCAGGAGCUAGGCAUGCGGGAGGACCCGGCGUUCGGGUACGUGGACAACACGGGCGCCGGCGUCGCCUGGGACGGCGCGGCGGCGGCGCUGGGCGGCGCCCCGCCGGACAUGUACGCCUUCCGCGUGGUGCCCAGCCAGCCCAACCUGCACGGCAUGGCCUACGGCUUCCACGACCUCCGCCUGGGCUAGCGCAUCCAUCACCAUGCUGGGUGGUGCUGCUCGAUCCUACUGCAUGGCAAUGCAAGCUGGUUGGUUAGUUCGCUCAUGCAUCGUCCGUCAACAAAGCAAGUAAGCAAUGCAAUGCAACCGAGGUACUGUAAUAGCCAAUAAAAUCUACUGCAUACUGCAAACCCAAUUACUGGUAGCUUAGCUACCGCGUGUGUACGAAUCAACCGAUUAAUUACCGCGCCCUUAGCUUGCAUGUCGUCGUCGUCUGUGCUUUUGGCGUUCGUAGACAUGUGUGUAUUGUAUGCAUGGGUCCUGUUCAUCUGCAUCCAUGCAUGUUGUUUAUGAUUGUAAUUGUUGUGUGAAAUGGCUGUACUUUGUUAUGAUCACGUGAAAUUAUAUCUACAUUCGUGAGAC